AUGAACGCAGACGGCAUCAGUGAGCCCAGCGGCGGGGUUCUGGGCAGAGUGGUGAAGUUUUUCGUUGAUAACCAAGAUGAGCGCACGAAGGAAUGGUUCCUGUCCGGAUCGAUAACGCCCCUGAUUAUGCUCCUCGUUACGUACCUGUACUUCUGCCUGUACGCCGGACCGCGCUAUAUGGCCAAGCGGAAACCGUUCAAGCUGGAGGGCGUGCUGAUUGCGUACAACGCGGUCCAGGUGCUGCUCAGCGUGGUGUUAGUUUAUGAAGGAAUUGAAGGUGGUUGGAGGCAACAUUACAACUACCGCUGCCAGCCUGUGGACUACAGUCGAAACCCGGUCGCCAUGAGGAUGGCUCGUGCCGUCUGGAUGUACUACAUGUGCAAGGUCGUCGAGCUGCUGGAUACGGUAUUCUUCGUGCUGCGGAAGAAACAGAACCAGGUUUCGUUCCUGCACGUCUACCACCACACCCUGAUGCCGAUUUGUGGCUUCAUUGGCGUCAAGUACUUUGCCGGAGGCCAUGGCACGCUGCUGGGAGUCAUCAACUCGUUCAUCCACGUGUGCAUGUAUGCGUACUACAUGCUGGCCGCCAUGGGCCCGAAGGUGCAGAAGUACCUCUGGUGGAAGCGCUACCUGACGGUGAUGCAGAUCGUCCAGUUCAUCAUCGUGUUCUUCCACACGGUGCAGGUGCAGUUCCAGCCGACCUGCGGCUACCCGAAGUCGAUCGCCGCCCUGCUCACGCUCAACGCCGGCCUGUUCAUCUACAUGUUCAGCUCGUUCUACGUGCACUCGUACAUCCGCAAGUCGAACGCAGCCUCGAAGCGGCUGGCCAAGCCCGGCGAGGAGAACAACAACCAGUUGGAGUGCAAACCAAAGGACGCCGCCGAGGCGAACGUGCGGACAGCGGUCGAAGCGGGUGUGCAGGCCAAGAAGGACCUGUAG